AUGCCUCCAAAAGGGGCUGAAGCGGCAAAUGGCUCCCAAACCCCCACAAAGGCAGCGGAAUGUACUGACAACACUCCUAAUACGCCUGCGGCAAGUCACGGUGUUCACGCGAAACUUCUCGAAUACACCCAUCCAGCAGAAACGGGCUGGUGCAUCCAAUGCUUCAGGGUAGCAGUGCGUGACUGGGACGAGAAUGAGUGGGAUCGACCCCUCAAGAUAAACUGCAUUCGCGAUGCCGAUUCCAAGCGUUGUCAACGAUGUUGCCAUGCCCACGACAAAUGUGAACUCCUCUAUAAAGGUAUCAGGGGCCACGGGUUCGAACUGCACGCAUUACUGGAGUGGGUAAUGGAGUUUUGGAUCAACGAGGAAUCCGAAUUCGGACAAACCGACGAUGCUAGCCUGGUUCACGAUAUAGAGAUUGUCCACGCCGCUGCAGUGGCUGUGCGAGAUCUCUGCGCCGGUCUUGAUCGUCUCAUCAAGUCCCAUGGCAGCGCUCACAACUUAGUCGGCGAGCGUGAUGGAAGUGCCGCAGAUGAAGCUAAAGCUUCCUACGCUCAGUACUGUUCUUAUCGGCGUCGUUUCUUGCAAGUUCCGCCUCCGCUUGGUCCCCGUAGCGAUGGUACUCCACACCCCAAGCGCAUCCAAUUCGAGCAUUGUGCUCGCCAACACCUUCGUCUUGAUAUCCAUUCUGACUUUGGUCUGCCUUGGUAUAUGAGCGUUCUCUCGUUCAAGGAAACCAUCGAGGGGUUGAUUCGGGAUGAAUGUGAUCACAGUGAUGCCAACAUCGUCGCCUGGUAUACCACUAUGCUGGCCACAUUCCCUUUGACCAUCUCUCUGCUAUAG